AUGAAUAAAGAUGAUGUUAUAAAUUUCUUAUAUCCCACAUCUAAAAAAGAAAAACCUAAAGAACCUGAUGUUUUCCCUGAAUAUUAUGAAGAACGGAUUAAAGAUGAUGAAUAUAAUGAAAUUGAAAGACUGGAAAAAAUAAGAGAUGAAAUAGAUGAAAAAAUUAAGGAAUUAAGAGAAGUUGAAAAACAUAAUGAAAAUGAAGUAGAGGGUUUAAUGAAUAUCCCAGCUUCAGAAUCAGAAGUUCAGAAAUCUCAUGAAGAAAGAUAUAAAAAUUAUGUCUCAGAAUCAACACAAAAUUUAUUAGAUGGUGAAAUAGACGAAACACUUUCGGAAGAAGGUACUAAAUUUAUUCGUAAACAUAAGUUACAAUUUAUUGAUAAUGAAGAAUACCCUUGUAUCCUACUUUCACCACCUUUAGAUUCCAAAAAAUUCAAAAAAGCUCUUAAAAACGUGACGUAUGCAACUAAUACGAUUAAGAAAGAAGAUCAUGAUAUUUACACAAAUUAUUAUUUAAAUAAAUGCACGGGUGUUGAUAAAGUUUUUGAUUUAUUAGAUAAAAUAUCAAAAGAAACCAUUGGAACCUAUAAAAUUUUGUGUGAUUGUGGUUUCAUUAUUGAAGAUACUAAUAAUGUUUCAUAUGAAAGAACAGCACCGAAGGAAGACGAAGUGGAAAGGUCUAUACCAUUCGUUAUUAAGAACAUAAAAGAUAUGAAAACGUAUAAGCAUUAUAUUUAUUCAUUUAUUUCAGAAAAAAUGGAAGCAACCCAUAAAACAUCUUCUCAUCAUUUUAUAGCUAUUCAUACAUUCCUUUUCAAAGUUGUAAAAUUAAAUAAGACAGGAAUUAGAUUUAAUGUAUCAGGGUACACAUUCUUGAGUAAAUUAAAAUGUAUUCGUCACAUCGCGGAUGAUAAAAAUUUAUGUAUUCUUAAUUCAUUUUAUGGGCUUUAA